CAAGCCAGAAGAACUCGAUCAGGCUCGUGAGGGCUUGCUAUUGAAUACACUUGGCUUCGCAAACACCUCGGGGCGGAGGAAACUCUGCCGGACUGGUCAGGCAGGUCACCCUCCUCAGCUCGUGAUUGCCCAGAUUGUCCAGUUCUUGCUGCAGGAAGCUCUGGUCCUGCUCUCCAAACAGCAGAGAUGACGCAUCCUUGCCACAGAUGGCCCGGUCGUGCCUCGAGACCCCGCAUGCUACCGUCGUCGAGGACGUCAUCUGGCCGCUGAUCGCUGUUAUUCCAGGUCCGGAUGAGCUCAGAGGAUGGAAUCAGGCUCGGCACCUGACAUGAAGGCUGAAUUGGUGGCUUGAUCCUGUGCAGGUGGAGUCUGGCGUCUGCUAUUCCGCAUCGGUGCUCAGCUCAGGGAAGGCUAUUUAACCAGUGCACCACUCGCGUGUAUGUCCCUCACAAGCAGCGAUGACUUGGCUGUCCCUACUCCUCCUUACCGCUCUCCUUUGCAUCUCUCCUCAUGUUCGAGCACUGCCCAGUGUCCCAGAAGCCCGGCAAACGGACAGCAAACUUGUUUUCUGUCAUUUCAUGAUUGGCAUCACGUCGGAUCGCACGAGCUCCUCUGCAUACGACGAUGACAUGCGACGCGCGAAGGCGCUGGGAAUCGACGCGUUCGCGCUGAACAUCGGGACCGACCCGUACACCGACCAGCAGCUCGGCUUCGCAUACGCGUCGGCAGCGAACAACGGCAUGAAGGUCUUCAUCUCCUUCGACUUCAAUUGGUGGUCGACGUCGCAGGGCUCUGCCGUGGGCGCUAAGAUCGCGCAGUAUGCGUCGCUCCCCGCACAGCUUUACGUCAACGGCCGCGUCUUUGCUUCGUCCUUCGCGGGAGACGGGAUCGACAUCGGUGCGCUCCGUGCUGCGGCGGGCCGCAACGUGUAUUUCGCGCCGAAUUUCCAUCCCGGUCAGGGCGACUUCAACGCGGUCGACGGCGCGUUGAACUGGCUCGGCUGGGACAACAACGGCAACAACAAAGCACCCAGCGGUGGUGUCACGGUCACGGUCAACCAGGGAGAUCACAACUACGCUUCGACCCUGGGUGGCAAGGGAUAUAUCGCCCCUGCAUCUGCAUGGUUCUCCACGCAUUUUGGGCCCGAGGUGUCCUACAGCAAGAAUUUUGUUUUCCCCAGCGAUUUGUUGUGGUAUCAGCGCUGGGUUCAGAUUCUCGCUCUUAGACCCCAGUUUGUCGAGAUUGUGACUUGGAAUGAUUAUGGAGAAUCUCACUACAUCGGACCGCUUUCUUCGCCACACACGGACGAUGGUGGCUCCAAGUGGGUCAACGAUAUGCCACAUGGCGGCUGGCUGGACAUGGCCAAGCCAUUCAUAGCCGCUUUCAAAGCUGGUGCUUCAUCUCCGAAUGCUUUCAUCACGAGCGACCAGAUCAUAUACUGGUACCGCAUUGCUCCCAAAAGCCUCAACUGCGAUGCUACGGACACAACUAUCCAAUCAGCGAACAACGCUUCCGGAAACUACUUCCAGGGCCGUCCGAACGGUUUCAACUCCAUGGCAGAUGAUGUGUUCGUCGUUCUGCUCCUCACCGCUCCAGGACGGGCCAUCGUCAAUUCGGGUGGGAAAGCGUAUACAUUUGAUGCACCAGCGGGCGCCUCGGCAUUCUCCGUCCCGUUCCACGUCGGGUCCCAAGCCUUCUCCCUCGAACGCGGGGGCGCUCAGAUCCUCAGCGCGACCAGCCUCAAGUUGAUCCAAAACACGUGCCCGUGCGGACUGUACAAUUUCAACGCGUAUGUCGGCACGGUCCCGGAAGGACCGCGGGACACUUUGCAGCCGGAUGGACUGGCUGCAUUUUCCAGCGGACUGAAGACUGGGUGCUCGCCGGUCCCUUCUCUGCCGGCGUACCCACCCGCGGUGACACCUGCCACGACCACGAUGGCAGCCACUGCCGCUCCCACCUUGUCUCACUAAGCUGAUGUACUUACCACUCGUUCUCGUGUAGCAUUUAUUUUGUAAUUUGCUCAUGCUUGUAGCCAGUUCGUCAGCCCGUGAUAUCACGUGUUCAAAUCGUUUUGCCCAAAAUAUCACAGCGUCCUAUACUACAGCCAGACCCAACCACAGUCUUUUUGUCUCCGAAAUUCACUUACAACAUUGAAAGCCACGUGCAUCGUUAGUAGACUGCGACACACAGGCUGCUCGCGACGCGCCGUGGGCCGCCGGGCCGCCCGCCUCAGAUGGUCACGCUGGGAGACCCAUGACCGAAUAAACACGACUUUCCCCGACAAUGUAUGUCAUUACCUUUCUCCUCAUCGGAACCUACGCUCUCCAUGGCGCACAUGCACAGUCGGCGCCCACGAAAACCUUUCCCAUUCUCCUGAACUCGACUUCGACGCUCACUUUGGCCGUGCAGCCCUCCUGCGGCUCAUUGAAGACUGCGAACUUCACCGAAGUCAACACGGGGAUCCAGCUGGGCAAGAUCAAGACCGUAGUCAGUUUCGGGGAUUCGUGGACGUCGACGGGAGCGAACGGCACCGUUCCUCUACCACCUAUCCUCCAUCCACCUCUCCCGUCUGCAGGAGCUGCGAACUCCGAGAACAGGCGCGCCACGAACGGAUAUAUGUGGACUGAACGGUUGGCGGCUGACUUCAACGCCAAGUUGCUGGAUUAUUCUUGGGGUGGAGCUGUGAUCGACAACUUUGCGUACAACACGACCAGCCCCGCAAACGCCACGGGCAAGCCACGAUCUGAUUUCGUGGCGCAGAUGGGGCUGUUCCAGCUGCAGGGCCGAUAUCUCGACGCGCUUGCACCGAGUUCCACACUUUAUACCGUUGCGUUUGGGAUCAACGACAAUGGACAGUACGGCCUGGGGGGAGGUGAUAUCGAGACUGCGAUCAAUACAUACAUCCAAAAACUGUCGAUCUUGCAAUCUCAGUUCAAGGCAACCAACAUUCUGAUCCACGGGAUGUACACGUCGCAUUCGGAGACAGACCACCUCCAGAGCCGGAUCUUCGAAUAUCUCGUCGCCUCGCACCUGACCAACGGCACGAAUUUCGCGUUCGUCAAUCUCCAGAGGCUGUUCUCGACGAUCGCGGCACAGCCCGCGGCGUUCGGAUACAUCGGGAACGCGACGUGCUUGGUCAGCGCAAACACUAUUGUGGGGGGAUGUGCAGAUCCAGACACGAGCGUGUUUUACAUUCCUGGUCAUCCGUCGAUGAUGACUCACGGGUUGAUCAAUGACUACACGCAGGCGGUUGUGGACGGAUGUGUCCUUAGCAGUGGAUAAUGGCAGUCAGCUGCCAGUUAGCAAGAGCAACUGCCUUGUGAUAAUCAUGCUAGCCGCUGAAAAAAAUAACAAGUACUCGAACAAGUGGUUGGAUGUGUGAAUGACUGGUAGCUUUCUGGCUGUAUUACUUCCGACGAUUGAAUCUAGGUGCAGUUCUCCGCCCAGUUCGCAGCCGCAUGUUUCCAGAACAUGACAUCGGUCUGGACUCGGGACGUCCCAAUUUGACACCCCCGCUGGCGACUUGCGUCUCCCCUCCUCGAUACAGAUACCGUUUCGUCGCCGCCUCCAUUUCAGAAGACUCGUGGUGCGGGAGACAAACAGCGGGGAGCUUAAGCCGCUGGUGGUUCACCACUCGACGAGAAGCGGGAGUGGAACUGCGACCCGGUUGAUGUUCAUCAGAAUGCCGAGAAGAUGCAUUUGGGCAAGAGGUGAUGGUGGCCCGUGAUGGUAAUGAGACAGAGGAGACGGAGUAAGACGACGUCGUUGAUAGACGGUCCCAGUCUGGGUCUGAUGAAGGAGAGCCUGCCCGAGAGAAGCCGCUCGAGUCCGAGUCGGCGCUGGAGGAGGCCGGCGAUUCAGCCCAUCGCCGGUCCCAGCUGGGGGUCGAAGGAGGGCAGUAUUUCUGAUGUAGCUGGGUGGAGGGUCCUGCUGCUGUUGGGGCUGACGCAUAAGGUAAAUGCUCUUGCGAGUGGCGAGCGCGCGCCGAAUCCAGCGUGGCGCGAAGCGAGGAGAUGGAGAUUCGCUGGCUGGUGCCGCCGGGAAGACGUGUAGGGAGCAUUUGGACGGUGAAGGGUGCGAUGGCAAGUGAGGGCGGAAAGUAAGCAAGCAGACGAGCAGACGAGGCUUUAUUAACAUAAAAAUAGAAAAGCUAGCCCGAGCCCAGGAGUCUUCGCCCGCCGUGACGCGAGUCUAGGCCGUUCGCGUCCGAUCUGCCACAACGAGAGCGAAGAGGAUGAUCAUGCAUGGACCGUAGGAUCACACUCGCGCUCGGAGAGUUUCAAUCCCUCAGAGUUCGAUCAACGGAGAGUGGCCAGAACUGUAGCGUCGGGGACCUGGAGCUUCUUAUGUCAGACAUAAUCAUGGUUAAGGAGAAAAACCGGGUGAAAGCGUAACUAUCCGCCCUGUCACAGUGAAUGAUGUGACUGAUACAGUGCCGUGUCAAUAAUUCGUCCCGACUCCCGACUCCCGACCGCUGGCAUGGCCGCUGCUCCCCCUCUCUUCUCUACGCUGGCUCUUCAUGAACGCGCCUUCUUGAUUCUGGCCCCAACAAGCAUGGCAUACGGCGACUUGGCGGACUCCGAUUGCGACGACAACAUCUCCAUUGGACCGCAAGAGCUUUUCGGCCCGGGCGUCCCUCGCUGGUCCACUGAGAACGGCAACUGGGAAUCGUCCUUGCGCGAAUUCGCCCUGUUCUGACUGCUAGGUGCCUUGACGUAGAAGACCUCGUCUCGUUCCAUGCCUCUUGUUUGCUAAAAGCAUACGAUUAUGGAUUUACAUUCACAGGGGCUCCGAGGAGCACUGGGCAGUUGUUUCGCUUGAGCUCGCUUCUGGCUCUCUUCCCUUCCGGGACACGUAAAAUGGGUGAGCAUUGGGUACAUAAGGACGUGCUGUGUCACUCUCGUCGACUCGCCUUGCGGUUCUUCUUCUCCCCCACCCUCGUUUGUCUUCGCUGCCCCGACUUUACAAUGUUCUCCACAACGAAAACCAGCUCUGCCUUGCUCGCAUUUGUUGCCUCUGCGGUCGCCGUCUCCAAUCUGCAAGCACCUACGUCCGUUCAGCCGGGUCAGAGCGUCACCGUGACUUGGUCCUCCGACAGCACGGAUACCCAGCCUGCUGUUCUCAUCAUGUACAGCAAGAAGACCUACAGCGGAGCAUUCGCUCUGGCUGACGACAUUGAUCUUCAAAAGAACAGUCUGACAGUUGAUCUGCCCCAGGUCUACACUGGCGACAACUUCACUUUCGAAAUCGUCAACAAAAACGACCAGAGCAAAGUUCUUGCCCAAAGUAACGCGUUCUCCGUGGGCGGAACCCCCGUGGCAUCGACCAUGUCCGCUACUAGCACCGCAAGCCCGACUGCGACGGCCUCCGCUUCUGCUUCCGCCAAGCAUGCUUCAUCUGGCACUCAUUCCGCGAGUGCCACGAAGACGAUGUCAGGGUCUAUGACUCACAGCGGGUCGAUGACGGCCUCGGCCCAUCCGACGUCGUCUUCUGCGACCUUCCCGUCGGGCACCUUCUCACUCGUCUCGUCUCUCGCGUCCACGAUAUCAAUGGAGAGCUCCGCGGCUGUGGCCGCGUUCUCCUCCGCCACCUCCAUGAUCGCAUCCUCCGCCUCGGCCGAGUUGUCCCACAUCGCUGCCUCGGCCUCGGCCUCUUCGAAGAACUCCGCGCCGCACGGUACCAAGCAUGUUUCGCGUUCUGCUGUGGCCCUCGUGGCUGGUGGCUUGUUGAUUGGCGCCCUUAUGGGGCUGGCUUGAGUUUUUCUGUAUCGGUGCUGGCUCGGGCAUCGACAGCGGUGAUUGGCUGUGGUCUGUCUUUGUCAGAUAUGAACUUUGUGUCUGCGAUGUGUGCCGCGAAGGGCGGAAGGAACACUGUUUAUUAUGAACUGACGAAGUAACUUACCUACCCUUCAAGCUUGCUACGUACCUACUCUCGUUUCGAUCCUCCAUGCUGUUUGUUUGUUAAUACCCACUUAUCUCGUACGAUGC